GCUCUGACCAAGAAGAUUGAGACCUGUGGCUGCCGUUUACCCUGAUGGCAUACCGGUCUGCGCAGCAGGAAACCACAGGUUACACAAGUUUGGCCGAGAGAUGUGGCUGCCUCUGGACCUGGCCACUGGAUGACCACCUGGGGAAGAGCUACCACAAACGGCGCCUGAGUUUGUAGCGGCAUUGCAACAGUGGAUGGAGGCCACGCGGCGACAGGUGUCGAACAAUCUUUCUCGUCUCGCGGGGCAAGCCAUGACCCAUUGGUACCAGCUGACUGUGCGCCAGUGACGCACAGUAUGAGGUGGAGUGCCGCGGCUGGCGGUACAAUCCCUGCAAGAAACGAGGCACGACUCUGAACUGCAGAGCUACUGGGAACGUGGGAAGGCCCGUACACCGUUCUGCAACGAUCAUCUCCGUCACCUACAAGCUGGGCGAUGGCAUAAGUAGGCGGCACCAUCCGCGGGGGUGCCCGGGAAGGACGAGCGCCGUUACAAGAUUCAAACAUGGGGAAGAACACAAGCCGCAGCAGUGUCAAAAAAAAAAAAAAACGCAUCCGUGGGUGAGGCUUCACGCAUUCUCCAUGGACACUAAAAAGUACUUGGUGCCAGAUAUAUCUCCUAACAGCGGCAGCACUGCUGAUGCUGAGCCGAGGCCGAAGGCAACGGCACUACGGCGGUGGCGACGGGUCACUACUAGAGAGGAGUGUUGUGGCAAGCAGUGUGGAUGGGAGGUCAGAGAAAUUUGUGUGGCAGCUUCAAGAAGGUGCAGUGGUAGCAGCAGCAUCAGGAGCCAUGAGUUACUGUGUGUGCCUUUGGAUUAUACUAGCAGCAGGGACCAUCACAGUCAGUGGCAUCAAGGUGAAAAAAGAAAGCGACAUAAAGGAAAUACAAACUGCAUGCCACACUCCACAAAUCCUUGAGGACUCCAACCUCCUGCAUGUUGAGUGUGAGGGACUUGCAAGCUUGCAGAAUGUAACGACACUUCUGAAAAAAAAAAUGUGGCGUCGCCUUGGCUCCCUCACCAUAACCAACUCUAACCUGAUCACUGAUGUCUCAUUAGAUGACCUGGUAAACUACCAUGUCCUGCACACUCUAACCUUCAAGGAAAGUCGAUUGCGUGACUGGAAGUUGUCAAAAAUGUCUUCAGUUCCCAGAGUAAGAAAGCUGGUUGUUGAGCAGUGUUGGGAUAAUGACACUUUCCUUGCCAAAGAGAAAGAACUCACUCUUACUAUUAGUCCAAAGUUGCAAGAUGCUUUUCCUGAUGUAGAGGAACUGUAUCUCCUUGACCUCUUCAUGCCUUACAUUCCUGAGCUCAGUGGCAUGAAGAACCUGAAGAAAUUUGUCAUUGAUAAAGGGGCAGCUAAGUGUGACCCAGAAAAUCUUUGGCUGCUGGAAUGGUACAAUGUUGGCAAGCUGGAGAUCAACUCAACACUCUGUUUUGUUGCUGAUAAAACAGAAGAUGGCCUGUCAUCUAUGAAUAUAAUAUUCACGUUUGUUUCCAUCAAUUUGAUGAAGGGAUUGAGGGAUAUCAAGACUGCCAUUGAUGAUUGUCCAUUGGCAUGUCACUGUGAGAUCAACGGUUAUCAGAGAAAGACAGAACCUAUUGCAGUUGUUAAUUGUACUUCAGCUAACUGGACACAGUUACCAGACUUAAUCCCAAGUCAUACACGCAGACUCAUCCUCACAAACAACCGUAUAACCAACAUUUCCAAAGUAUUCACCAAUCCUAAUUACCGGAGUUUAAGUAUGAUUAUGUUGAAAAAUAACUUGAUUGACCACAUAGAUGGUGAACUUCUAAGCAAUUACUUACAUAACCACAGCAAGGACUUCAGCAUCAACCUUAUUAACAAUAGGUUGGAGACACUCCCUGUAAAGCACCUUGAAAGGAUGUAUAGCGAUUAUACUAGAAAUGGCCACAGGUUUAUUCCCGUCUUUAGACUUGGUGGCAAUCCUUGGAACUGUGAUGAUUGUGCCUUCCUGGUGCCUUUCCAGAAUCUGAUAUUUUACCAAGACCUACAGAGGGAAAAGGCAAAGGAAAUCCGUUGUGGGGAGGGAAGGUAUGCCGAGGGUCAGCCGAUCAUUAUGCUGCCAGUGAGGAGCUACUGCAAAGUUGAUCCUCUUCUUGACCCCCUGGACAUCCUCAACAUAUGCUUGGGCAUUCUUCUUCUCCUAUUCAUUCUCAAUUUUCUCCAUAACUUGGUGCAGUACCAGAGACAUGGCAAGCUUCCCUGGAUUGUUACCAGAUUCCCUUGUUGUUGAUAGAGUCUUAUAUGUAAUGGCUGGUUACACUUCUCACAGAUUAUAUAAGUGAAGGAAAAGUUAAUAUCUAUGUUUUCAUAUGGUAUUAUACGUGUUUUCAUCCCACACUUCAAGGAGUCACUCAAAAGGUAUAUUUAUACAUGCUGAUUGAUAAAUAUAUCUAGGAUACAUUCUACAUUGACCACCAAGGUAUUAUGAUGUUAUUAGUUAUUUUCUUUGGUCAUGUCUUGCAUGUUAAAGUAAAUAACUUAAGUCUUUCUUUUGUAAUCGGUUCAUUCAUAUUAGUCUUGUUAUUGAUUCUGAGACCUUUGACAUGGGGAUGCAUCAUACAUAUCUUUAAACUUUCUGCCCAUUUUGAAAUGUAACAGCAUGGCAUGGGUGGAGAACCAGGAACUUCUGUCCAUUGAGGCAGAAUGAAGGAGAAGGAUUUGGGUAUUCAGUUCUUUUACUUUUUCCUGGUUACCACUUCAAAUGCAUUGGAAACUAGGAAAAAAAUAAGAAUUAGGAAUGUGGGGUUCCUACUUACCUAAUUGCAAAGUAUGACCCAUAUAUUGGAGCUAGUCUAUGCCUUAUUUUAAAAGGAUGGUCUGGCAAUGGCAAGAAACUGUUGCCUUCCUUCCUUUCUUUCACAUGCCAGUACAAUCAGUGAAUGCAAAUGUUAUGUAUGUG